ACCCAUCCAUACCUGCCAUUGUUGACUUAUUUCGGCAAAGGCGCACCGGAAGAAGAACGCCUCUUCGGAAGCUGCCGAGCUCACCAACUCCAUCAUUGCUGCCAAGUCUGAAACCCUUUGCCUCAUAAUUCUGUCGACGCUCUCGGAUUUCUCGGACCGCUCCCCACUUAUCACUGAUAACGGAUGAUCGGUAGGUCUGAUACCCAGGUUGAUAGAAAGGGGGAUUUUGCUACCCGUACCUGCGACCGGGAGCAUGCAUGCCAUUUGUUUGUGGAAUUGCGACAGCAGGGAACUGAUUCUUGAAUUCUUGCAAGAAAAGGCUUCGUCGGUGUGGUGAUUCGACUCUAUCAGGAGUUGUUUUGGUGCCCUGAGGCGAAGCCAUGGACGUCGUGCAAACAAUCGCCUCGGCCGCGCAGCUGGUGUCUGCAAUGGUGUCCGCGGUGGGAGCGCUGGAGCAGGCGGCCGCGGACGCCGCUGAGGCUCCAAGGAGGCUCCAGGUGCUCGAGGACUUCGUGUCGGACCUUGAGGUGUUGGUGCAGCAGGCUAAGCAGAAGCACGCGCACAAGAUGCACGGCCCGCAGCUGGAGCGCCAGUUUCAGAGCUUGAGCAGGCUCAUGGAUCAGCUCCGUGCCAAUAUCAUCAAGGCGAGGCGAGCCUUGAAGAAAGGGAAAGGGAAGGGCUUGGCUAGGGUGGUUUGGAGCUCGGUGGUGGGAGACCCCCUCAUGAAGUACAUUCAGCUGAUCAGAGAUGACCUCAACUGGUGGCUGGAAUUGCAGAAGUUGACAGAGAACGUAGGCAAAGCUAUAGCGUCUACUGCUAAGGCCACGCCAUCGUUGGUCAGAGUCAAGUCUGAGCAGGGCUAUCCAGUGUCAGAGAAGUGUGGCUAUGUUAGGGACAUUUUGGAGAGAGAUGAUGGUCAUCGAGUUGUCCUGAUUGUUGGAUUAUCUGGUAUUGGGAAGUCGUGCCUCGCUCGACAAAUAGCUUCUCAGCCGCCUGGUAAUUUUGUGGAUGGCGCAAUUGAGCUCAGUUUUGGCCGGUGGUGCAGUAGAGCAGCUUGUAAUGGAAGCAGAAGUGAGUACCAUAAACGUCUUGUUAGGAAGAUAAGCAAAUUGCUAGUGCAGAUUGGUUCCAUGACUGUCAACGAGGACACGAGCAAAGAUCUUGAAGAUGUGUGUUGCUUACUUCAGAACGCGUUGGUUGGAAAGAGUAUGUUAAUACUACUCGAUGACGUCUGGGAGCAAGACAUAGUUGAUCGCUUCACCAAGCUAUAUGGUAAUGGUUGCCGGUAUCUUGUGACAACAAGGGAUGAAGCAGUUUAUGAGAUAGCAGAAGCUGAAAAGGUAGAAAUAUCCAAAGAUGACAUCAAGAAAAUCAGCAAGGGCAUUCUUCUCUAUCAUAGUCUGCUUAGUGCUGAAGAGCUUCCGCCUGUUGCAGACGACUUGCUGGACAGUUGUGGGCACCAUCCCCUUACAGUUGCUGUCUUAGGUAAGGCCCUAAGGAAGGAGACCAGAAUGGAAAAAUGGGAGAAAGCAAUAUCCAACCUUUCCACAUAUGCAACUUGUGCACCAGGUCCAGUUUCAUAUGUGAACGAGAAAGAAGUUGAGACCACCUUGACCAUAUUUGGAUCUUUUGAGUUCAGCUUGGAAGCAAUGCCUGAAAAUUCACGAAGGUUUUUCAUGGUUCUCGCAGCUAUUUCAUGGGAAGAACCUGUUCCAGAGGCAUGCCUUGAAUCCGUCUGGUCAGCACUUGUGCAGGACAGUUUAUUCCCUAUUGUGGUUUCAAAACUAGUAGAAGGCUCACUCAUCAUCAAACUGGAAUACCAAUCGAUGUAUCAUAUGCAUGACAUGGUUUUUCUCUACCUUGAGAACAAAGCAAAUGAUGCUGCUCAUACUCUUCUGACCGAUUCAUUUCCUGAGUAUGCUGCAUUGGUGGCUCCUUGGCUUUUUAUUUUUGGCAAAGAGACCGUGAAAGGGCCAGCUGAGCAGAAGAUGAGAUCAUUCUUUUCUUUGCUAGAGUUCAUGGAGAUUGAAAUCUUACUGGGAAGCACCACCCAAGCUCUCAUGGCAUGCAAAUCAAUACCUGAAUUUGAGGCUAGCAGGCUUGGCUUUAGCAAAAUGCUUGGACCUCGAAUAGCGGAGCUAAUUUCUGUUGGGUCACAAGCUCUUAUUGUUGCUGUCACUAAAGCUAUUACAGUCGUCUUUUUCCAAGGAGACUAUGCAAAUCUCGCCCAAUCUAUUGAAACAGCAGGUUCUGUUGAUAAAUUAAUAUGUGUUCUUCGUGGCUAUGUGGAUUCUUCAUCUCUAGCCAACGUUUCUGCUGUUCUUGCCAAGGUAUCUGAGCAUGUCAGUGCCAAAACUGCCGACGAAAUUUUGUCAAGCAUUCCCAUGGACAAAAUUGCAGAACUACUGUCUCCAGAAAAUGACGAGUGGCAUGAAAUUGUGUUCACAACUCUAGCAUCACUGAUAAAAGUGGGAAAUUUAAUGGCUGUCGAGAUAAUGAUCGAAGCAGGAGUUGACAAGAAGCUCCUUGUACUUUUAGGUUGCAGUUCUGAGAUCUCACAGCAUCAUGCAAUUAUCAUGCUGAAAACUUUCUGUGAGCUUGGUGCGCCACUUAAAGAGUGCAUGGGGCCUGGACUGUUGAUUCAUUUGCCAUGGCAUGCUCGGCUUGCCUUGGAGAGGUUUGUUUUAUCUGACCAAAAUGUAGCCCCAUCACCGAAGCCUCAAUAUUUUGAGGUGCUUCUUCACAGGAUUCUACAGACAGACAGCAAAGAUAUCAUUGAAGCUAUCCAAGGUUUAUUACCUCUUGCUGAGAGGGCUAACGAUCCUAGGGUGCAAGAUCUUCUUUUGGGAAGCAAUCUGUGUGAUAGGUUGGCAUUUCUGCUGCAGCGCAGAGAACCCGAAAACAACCAAGUGAGGUCUCAGACUGCCUUUCUGGUAAUGAAAUUGGCCUGCACCGGAGCAGAGCCAUACAUCCGUAGGUUCUUGGAGCUUAAUAUUGUGCACGAGCUCAUUGCCAUGAUGCAGUCCUCUACCAAUGACCUCCAGGAUUCAGCAUACCAUGCUCUCCAUCAGAUCGUGUAUGCAAAGGGAGGAUCACUAGUCUUGCAGAGGUUUUUACAACUAGGAACUAUAGAAAAAUUGGUCAAUCUGCUCGACCGUAAGUGCGUCAAGACAAAGGACCUCACGGUGCAACUUCUGGUGGACAUUGUGGCAGUCGGAACCAAACCCUGCAUACAAAGAAUGCUCUCUUCCCAAGUCAUCGAGAAACUUGUUUCCCUUGAGAAAGCAGGUGGGUCUUUCAGCGGGUCAGUGUCAAGAUAUAUCCACGGAUUGAACAUGUGCGAGAAUAUCCAGUCUGCUGAGAGAGCAGUGAUGAAGCAGCAUAUUUUGAGGAAAGUGAGAUCGGCGGUGAGAGGGCAUGAUCUGGAGACGAGUCUAAUUGCUUCUGUGGAGGUCUGCGUUUCUGAAGGCACAAAAGGAGCCAGCAGUAGCAGGAGAAACAAGUAGCAUUAUGCUGCAAACUUCAGUACUUGAAACAUACAUAUAAUCUUUGUUUUGAAAAGAGAAACAUAUAUAGGUUAAGAUGCUGCAAAUUCAGAUAAGAGCUUAUUCAUCAAUAUUUUGAUAGGCGUUCCUUUUUCCAGUACACGAGUUGUUUUCCUAUAGAAAGAGAGAAGAUCAUGAAAGCUCAUACUGUCGCACUGUCCAUGGGUAGUUCUGCAUAACUAGUCUGAGCAAUUAUCCAUAUCCACAUCAGCCCCGGCGUACAAAUUAACAGAAGUAAGUUGCCACGUUCAGUACAUGUCCACAGUCCACAGACCAAAGCAGUCAAGUCUAUUGUGUUAAUGGACUGUGGUCUUCUACCGAAGUUCCUUAACCUUGUAAGAGAAGCAUUGCCUGGUACAGUUUUUGUGCCUAUUAGAGCAUCUCUAGCCGAUCCCCUAAGGCUGGCCCCAAUGGGGAGUAACAUAGAGUAGUAACAUACAUGCCACGUAAGCAUGUUACUACUCUAUGUUACUACCUCCACAGUGGGUGGUAACUUAUGGGUGGUAACUUAGAGGGUUUAUUUAUUGCUUUUGUGGGAUCUAUAGUAGUAGUUCAACUUUGUGAUCUAUAUGUGGCAUGUAUCAACAAAAUUUGUGUUUUCCGAUA